AUGGAGGCGACGUUUGUGGUAGUUGGGGGAGGAAUAGCUGGAGUUAGUUGUGCAGAAACUUUGGCGUUUCUGGAGCCUGAGAAAACAAUAAUUUUGAUUAGUGAAUCCUCCCUUAUUAAGACAGUUACAAAUUUACACGCAAUUACGCGAACUUUGACCGAUUUUGAUAUUAAUGAAACGGAUUCAAGCUAUUUAACAAACAAAUAUUUGAAUAUUACUGUGGUCCACGAUAAACUCACCGAAAUCAACGACACUGACCACUUCAUAGUCACGUCUAGUGGGCAAAUUAAAUACGAAUUUUUGUGUUUGUGUAUGGGGGCUGAGCCAAAACUAAUCCCCCAAGCCUCGUCUUUUUCUCAAAUCAUUGGUAUUAGAGACACCGAUUCGGUCGAAACUUUCGUACAAAAAUUGAAAACAGCCAAGACAAUUGUCGUUGUCGGUAACGGGGGCAUCGCCUCAGAGGUGGUUUUCAAAAUCAGAAACGUAGACGUCCACUGGGUGGUGCGUGACAAGCACAUUUCCGCGACUUUCGUCGACCCUGGGGCUGCUGAAUUCUUCCAAUCCGCCUUAAACCACGGAAAAUCGGGCGAGGAGCCGGUUUACAAAAGAAUGAGAUACAGUGAGGACAGCUUCACCAAAUCGGGGGCCGCUUUGGGGCCUGACUGGUACAACAACCUGUCCAUCACUGGGGGCAAAGGCGCCUCUAGUACCGACGUGAAAAUCCACUACGAAGCCGAGGUCACAAACGUCGAAGCUUUGGAAAAUUGCGAUUUCCCGAUUAAGGUCGCUCUAACCAGCGGUUUGAAAAUCCCCUGCGACCUUGUCGUUUCCGCCACCGGGGUGCUCCCAAGACGCAACUUUGCGACUUUGCACGAGUUCGCAAGGUCCGAAGAUGGGGGGCUCCAAGUCAACGAGUUCAUGCAAACUUCGCUUAAAGACAUCUACGCCGCGGGGGAUAUUUGUGCCGCCGGUUGGCCCCCAGCUAAGCACUGGUUCCAGAUGAAGUUGUGGACGCAGGCGAGACAGAUGGGGUGUUACGCGGCCAAGUGCAUGUCAGCUCAUUCGAACAACGAGAGCUUGCUGCAGGAUUUUUGCUUCGAAAUGUUCGCACAUUCGACCAAACUUUUCGGGUAUAAAGUCAUCCUGCUGGGGCUUUAUAACGGCCAGAAGUUGGGGCGUAAUUACGAAAUUUUGUUAAGGAUGACCAAGGAGAAGGAAUACAUCAAGUUUGUUCUCGAAGAUAAUAAGUUACAAGGGGCUGUUCUCAUCGGCGAUACAGAUUUGGAGGAAAUGUGCGAGAACUUAAUUUUGAAUCAGUUGGAUCUGGCGCCUUACGGCGACGAUAUUUUGAACCCAAACAUCGAUAUUGAGGAUUAUUUUGAUUGAAUGUGUAAAUUUCGUAAUUGUUAAUAAAUUUUUGAGUUACU